AUGGAGGUCAAGGAUCGUGACCCGGAGUGGCACGGCGCCAUGUCCAAAUGGCCCGUUCACACAUGCAACACCAGCGGAGUGUGCAAAAUCGACCCGUGCGCACGCCCAGGUACUCGCACAGGACCGCGCUUUGAAUUCGUGGAGGGACGAACUGAUUGGGAGGGUGUGUCAUGCCGCUACCAGUGGAACUGGGACAGGAGCAUACCCCGCCUGGUUACCAACAUCCACCUGCCCAAGCGAGGACUUACUGGAAGCCUUCCGAGGAGCUUUCUGCUUUUUGAUAACAUCACUGAGCUUGACAUGGAUUCCAACCAGCUGACGGGGACGCUGCCCAGGGAGAUCGGUUGCCUCCGAAACCUCAUUGAAAUUGACCUGAGCAACAACCGGCUGCAAGGCACUAUCCCCCAAGAAUGGAACCUGCUUAACGGGCUUGUAGAGAUGGAGCUAGACGGCAACGGCGGUUUGGCUGGAUGCGUGCCCGCGGAGUGUCCUCCAUUUAACAGGGUCUGCGGCAGCUUCUUCGCAACACCCUGCCCCUCUUUCACCACCGACCGGCUAAUUGGCACCGACAUACGCGGCACACGGCUCUCGUGA